AUGGGCUUCGCGUCUUGCCAGUGGCCCAUCUGGCAGGUCGACGACCUGACAUUGUGCUUCCAGCAGGACUAUCUCAAAGUGCUGCUGCCAGUGAUACUUAUAUCUCUGUCCUUCCUCGCCCUCGUGCUUCAGAAUGUCCGCCGAGCUGUCAAGAUAAAAAAGGAGGACGGCUACACGCCGGUGCACGCCAAUGGAGAUGCUGCACGAGCCCACACGGAGCUGCCUCCGGAAGAGGAGCCAAUUGACGAUUCUGAUGAUGAAGGGUUGACCAUCAGUGGCAACCUGGGCCGACUCGCCCUGGCCAAGACAACCACCAAAGGUUCCAUCGUGCAGGCGGAUGCGCCCAUCGGCAAGACCUUGUCUAUCGUCGCCGAAGAGGUUCUGGUUCUUGGUAUGGUCGUUGUGAACGCAACUGCACUUGCUACCGGCUCCUAUGGCGAGACCUCUCUGGCUUCCGCAAUCGGCCUCGUCGCCUGGCUCUAUGCAUUGGUGCUCGUGACUUUGCGCCUUGUUCUCGGAAAUACUCAGAGACGAGUCCCAGGCCUCUGGAACCACACCGCCGUCAUCUACGGCUUCCAAUGGCUCUUCGUUAUCCCUAUCUUUCGAUCGGUCCUGAUUCACCCAAGCUCGAAACUUACGCAAGUUCUCGUUAUCAUCGAAUUUGCUUUCACAACAGUGCUGUUUGGUAUUGCCAUCACAACCAGAAAGGGAAACAAGGUUAUCUUGUUGGAGUGGGAGGAUGGAAUCGAGCCGUCUCGCGAGCCAUUGGCUUCCAUCUUUUCCGAGUACACUUUCUCCUGGGUUGACUCCCUGGUCUGGCAGGGAUAUCAGGAACCCAUGGAAAUGCCCCAUGUGUGGAACUUGGCACCAAAGGACAAAGCCGCUGCCGUUCUCGCAACCUAUCGCCAGAUCAAGAAGACGACAAACCUCGCAAUUCACCUCCUAUCUUACUUCAAGGGCAUGCUCCUUGUUCAGACUGUUUGGGCUAUGCUGGCCGGGGUCUUCACUUUUGCACCGACUAUGCUUCUGAAAGCCAUUCUAGAAUACGUUGAGGACCCAUCCCAAGCUCCGCGCAAUGUCCUCUGGCUCUACGUCGUCCUUCUGCCGGUUAGUGACCUGCUAAAAUCCAUUGCUGACAAUCAGGCGCUGUGGAUCGGACGAAAGAUCUGCAUCAACAUCCGCGCCAUUCUGAUUGGAGAAAUUUACGCAAAGUCUCUUCGUCGCAAGGCCGCCGCUGGAAAGGACUCUGUCCUAGGAAAGACAGCGCAAGAUAAGAAGGAAAGUGAAGAGCCGAAGGGGCUUGUUGCGAAGAUUAAGCGCGUACUCCGACUCGAGAAGAAACAAGACCAGAGCAAUGGGGCCCCAGCCGCCGAUGGCGCGGAUGGUGCGAAAGAUAAGGACAAGAAAGAGGACAAUGACGAGCAAGCGAAUCUGGGCACUAUUAUCAACUUGAUGUCUGUCGACAGCUUCAAGGUGUCCGAAGUCACGGCGUAUCUCCAUUUCUUGGUCGCAUCGGCUCCUACACAACUGAUAGUCUGCAUCUUCCUCCUAUACCGCGUCAUGGGUUUGAGUGCCAUUCCUGGUUUCAUCAUCAUGGCGCUCCUUCUUCCGGUUAAUAUUUUCUUUGGAAAAGCCUUCAACAGCAGUCAGAAGAAGAUUAUGGCCGCAACUGAUAAGCGAAUCCACAUCACGAACGAAGUUUUACAGAAUAUUCGUAUCAUCAAGUAUUUCGCAUGGGAGCAGCGAUUCAGCGAGUUAGUCGACGAAAAGAGAAGGGCAGAACUGGCAGCACUACGGAAACGAUUCAUUAUCUGGGCCUCUGCUGUAGGCGUGUGGCUCAGUGUACCAGUCCUCAUCACCUUCUUCUCGUUCUUUGUUUAUACGGUCAUCGAAAAGAAGCCAUUGUAUCCAUCGGUUGCUUUCACUGCUAUUUCGCUGUUCAUGCUGCUUCGGUUCCCCCUGGAUCAGAUCGGAGACAUGAUCGCUCACGUUCAGGAGUCUCAAGUAUCAAUUGACCGUAUCGAAGAGUUCCUGUCCGAGGCGGAGACUGAAAAAUUCGAGCAACUUGGCGAGGACAACACUGAUGAAAAUGGAAAGAAAGCUAUUGGGUUCAGGAAGGCCACUUUCAUCUGGGGCAGCAAGGAUGCCGUUGCCGAAGACGGCUCAAUGGCAUUCCGACUCUUGGACUUGGAUAUCGAUUUUAAGAUUGGCAAACUUAAUGUCAUUACCGGCCCUACGGGAUCCGGCAAGACUUCGAUGCUUAUGGCUCUGCUUGGAGAGAUGACUAUCAUGGAAGGAAGGGUCUACCUACCCGGCGGACGAAGCCGUGAAGAUGUGCGGCCCGAUCCUGAAACCAACCUCGCUGAUACAUGUGCCUAUGUUGCUCAGCAGGCUUGGCUCGUUAACGCAAAUAUCAAGGAGAACAUAUUAUUUUCCGCUCCCUUGGAUGAGAAGCGGUACAAGGAUGUCAUUGUAGCUUGUGCCUUGGAACGAGAUCUCGAGAUCCUCGAUAAUGGCGAUGAAACUCUUGUUGGCGAGAAAGGCAUAACCCUCUCGGGCGGUCAGAAACAACGAAUCUCUCUGGCUAGAGCUGUCUAUUCCAACUCGCAGCACUUGCUUCUUGACGACUGCUUGAGCGCGGUUGACUCUCACACCGCUCAAUGGAUCUUCAACAAUUGUCUCAUGGGACCUUUGAUGCAUGGUCGUACCUGUAUCCUUGUUUCACACAACAUCCCACUUACAGUUCCUCACGCCAAUUUCGUUGUUGUGAUGAACAAUGGCCGUGUGACGCACCAGGGUGAGACUCAGGAGAUUAUCGCCACUGGCGCUCUCGGAGAGGAUGUUCAAAAGAUCAAGCCAAUAUCUAGGACUGUAUCAAGAGUUCCUUCUCGAGUACCGUCGAGCGUUGGUGAAGAGAGCGGCGACACCCUUGUCAAUGGCGAAGUGAACGGAGACCAUAUUUCCAAGCCCAGUGAAUCUGGCACUAAAAAGCAGAAGAAGGAGCUUCCGGAAGAGACCAAGGCAACUGGCGCCGUGAAAUGGCCCGUCCUCAAGCUUUACUUGACUUCAAUGGGCUCUUGGUGGUUCUGGACUGUAGCUGUGUUUGUGUUCAGUCUUCAACAGCUGAUGGGUGUUGCAUCGAACGUCUGGGUCAAGGAAUGGGCAAAUCAAUACACCACAGAGGAGGUCUCGAAGAUUCAGUUCAACGCGAACUCCCUGAGUCCUUCAAGUCACUCAGUUUCACCAACUUACUUCGCAUCGAUUGCCAACUAUGCUAAGCCCCAGAACUGGCUGCAAAGCAACUCUUCAGAUUUCUCCGCGACGCAGGGACCGCAUGUCAAUGUGGCCUAUUACCUAGGCAUUCUUGCUGUCAUUGGUGUGAUCAAUUCCCUGGCUGCAUUAGUUAGAGAUUUGUGGCUCUUCUUUGGCUCCCUGAAUGCAUCAUGGAAGCUCCACAAUCGCUUGAUGAGCGCGAUAACAACAGCCAGAUUCACAUUCUUCGAUGUAACGCCUCUUGGCCAGAUGAUGAACCGCUUCAGCAAGGAUCUGGAAGGAGUCGAUCAAGAAGUCGCGCCGACGGCUAUUGGCGUGAUGGCUUGCGCUUUGGGCGUGGGCGUCACUGUGGCUCUGAUUGCUGCAAUCACUCCUGGUUUCUUGAUCGCUGGCGUAUUCAUCACCGUAGCAUACGUUGCUUUGGGAAUGUUCUACCUUACUUCAUCUCGCGAUCUAAAGCGAUUGGAAUCGGUGCAGAGGAGUCCUCUCUUCCAGCAAUUUGGUGAGACGCUAUCUGGUGUCACCACCAUCCGUGCAUAUGGUGAUGAGAGACGUUUCAUCCGGGACAAUCUGAGCCGAAUCAACAGCCAACUACGUCCUUUCUACUUCCUCUGGGGUGCCAACAGAUGGCUUGCCUUCAGGACUGACAUCCUUGGUGACUUUGUUGCUUUCUUCGCUGGUGUAUUCGUCAUCAUCAGCUUAGGUCGCAUCGAUCCCGGCUCUGCUGGUCUGUCACUCAGCUAUGCCAUUGGUUUCGCUGACAAUAUCCUUUGGCUUGUACGUCUGUACGCUAUGAACGAACAGAACAUGAACUCCGUUGAGCGUAUCAAGGAGUAUCUCGAGAUUGAGCAGGAAGCCGAUGCUAUUGUCGAGAAGAAUCGACCUCCAGAGAACUGGCCGAGCCAAGGCUCUGUUGAGUUCAUUGGAUACACCACGAGGUAUCGGAAAGAUUUAGAGCCGGUCCUUCGGAAUCUCAGCUUCAGGAUUGGUGCUAGAGAGAAGGUUGGCAUCGUUGGCCGGACAGGUGCAGGAAAGAGUUCUUUGGCUCUUGCAAUUUUCCGAGCGCUAGAGGCUGAUGAGGGCAAGAUCCUCAUUGACGAUGUCGAUAUUGGGUUGAUUGGCUUGCGCGACCUGCGUGAGGCAAUCACCAUCGUUCCCCAGGAGCCCACACUAUUUACGGGCACUAUCCGGAGUAACCUGGAUCCAUUUAGCGCUUACACCGACGAGGAGAUAUUUGCAGCCCUUCGUCGUGUGCAGCUUAUCGCUCCCCAUGAAUCUACUACAAGACCGGCUUCUGCAAACGCCUCCGUUCCCCCUACACCCACUAUUGCCCAGUCGAGUAUCGAAUCAUCGCAGUUGCUCGUCCCACCAACGCCGACGGCAAGCAACAGGAAUAUCUUCCUUGACCUUUCAUCGUCCGUGGCGGAAUCGGGUUCAAACCUGUCGCAGGGCCAGAGACAGCUUCUGUGUCUCGCUCGGGCCAUGCUUAAGAACCCUAGAGUUCUUGUGAUGGACGAGGCAACAGCAUCCAUCGACUACGCGACUGACUCCAAGAUUCAGGAGACAAUACGGGAGCUUACCAGCACUACAAUCACCAUCGCACAUCGUCUGCAGACCAUUGUGGACUAUGACAAGGUGUUGGUGCUCGAUAAGGGCGAGAUCGUUGAGUACGGCCACCCGUGGGAGCUGAUGAAGAACAAGGAAGGCAGCUUCCGCAGCAUGUGCGACAUGUCGGGCGACUACGACGUGCUGGCCAAGGCGGCCAAGAAGGCGUGGAAGGAGAAGCACGAGCUGGUGGAUGUAGACGAUGAGAGCGACAAGGACGGGGGCAAGGGGCCAAACUUGACAGGCACACACCCAGAGCCGGCGGCGUCAUCGUCGCUAGCGGGCAUAACGCACAACCUGCCGCUCAAGACGGCGUACUACACCGCCCAGGUGCCCGUCUGGCUGGACCUGGUCACCUCGCCGUCCGAGUGGGCCGCGUCGUUCCUCGCCCCUGAGGCCAAGGAGGUGCUGGAGGUGCUCGGCGGCGUCGUGGUCGUCUUCUCGGUGCAGAGCGGCGCGGGCGCCGCGUCGGUGAGGGAAGCCAGGGAGCUCAUCGGCCACGUGGGGAAGGUCGUGAAGGAAGGCCUGGGCGGCUGGGACUGGGAUGGCGUGAGCCUUGGGAUCGGGGUUGGCGAUGCCGACUUUGAUGAUCUGGACGAGUGGGACGAGGUGUGCGCGGAGUGGGGCCUUGAGUUUGUCCAUGCGAAGGGCCAGACGGCUGAUGUCAAGAAUGAAUUUGGAGAAAGGGUUGGCGUGGCGAGGGCACUCGAAGCUCUGGAGUCGAAUGACUGGGCACAGGCUACAGGUCUGGAUGACGACGACGAUGCUCUGGAUGGUUCUGAAUUUGGAGACUUUACUGCCCCCACCGCAAAGAGCAACGAUGCAACGAAUAAAGACGACGAGGAAGACGCAGAUUUUGACCCUGAGGACCUUGACUUUGGCUUUGACAGAGAAGAUUUUGCUGGCCUCAGGCAAGCCAUCUGGAGUGCUAGCAGCGACCGUGAACAAGGCGCCUCUGGUGAUAAGGGAGGGCCUGGAGAUCCUAGACCUAGCAACGAGGAGAUAGGGGACGAGGAUGUUCAGAAGCUAGAGCGCAUGAUGCGCAAGUUACAAGCUGUGAGAGACAUGAAUGAAGGUCUACCAGAGGAGCAGAAGAGGCGCAAAGCGAAACAAGCUGUGGAAGAAGUAAUGAAAGAGCUAUAG